UUAGUAUAGGGAGGGCAGGGGAGAAAGUACGGAGGGGUUGUAACACUUUGUUUUUUAUUGAACUUAUAGAAUAACAAAACAUCAAAUAUCCCUCGUAAACUAGUAACCUUCCCCAAGGUGUAAGGUUUAUUUUAGAUAAUUAAGAAAGAAAGACAUCUAUAUUCACUAUUCUUACACUUUUUACAAAAUGUGUAAGACAGCUAAGCUAUCUCGCUAGCCACAUUAUUAUUUUAGCGGCAGGAAGGGAACAAAAGAUUUUUUUUACUUUGGCAGGUUGUACUGACACUAAGCCCAUGCUGAACGUGUCACCACCAACACAAUGCCCGUGUUACUUUUUCUGAUAGACACGUCCGCUUCAAUGAACCAGCGCACCCAUCUGGGCACUACCUAUCUGGACAUUGCAAAAGGCGCUGUUGAGACUUUUAUGAAGCUCAGAGCUAGAGAUCCAGCGAGCCGCGGGGACAGGUACAUGUUGGUUUCUUUCGAGGACGCUCCCCACGGAAUCAAGGCUGGCUGGAAGGAAAAUCAUGCCACAUUCAUGACAGAACUGAAGAACCUUCAAGCAGUUGGACUCACAAGUGUUGGCCAGUCCUUAAGGACAGCUUUUGAUUUGCUCAAUCUCAAUAGAUUAGUUUCUGGGAUAGACAACUAUGGACAGGGCAGAAAUCCAUUCUUCCUGGAUCCCUCCAUUAUCAUAACCAUCACUGAUGGAAGCAAGCUGACCAGCACCAGUGGGGUGCAGGAUGAGCUGCACCUGCCAUUGACCACGCCCCUCCCAGGCAGUGAGCUGACCAAGGAGCCGUUCCGCUGGGACCAGCGCCUGUUCGCCCUGGUGCUGCGCGUCCCGGGCCACGCCCUCCCGGGCCCUGAACCCCUGGGGGGCGUCCCGCCAGACUACUCCGCCAUCACUCCCAUGUGUGAGGUCACUGGAGGCCGGUCCUACAGUGUUUUCUCCCAGCGAAUGCUCAAUCAGUGUUUGGAGUCUCUGGUGCAGAAGAUCCAGAGCGGGGUGGUGAUUCACUUUGAGAAGACUGGGCCCGACCCCGCACCUGUGGAAGAUGGCCCCCCAGAAGUGAAGGCAGGUUCCCAGCCCUGGCACAACAGCCACAAGCUCAUCUAUGUGCGCCCCAAUCCCAAGACCGGGGUCCCCCUUGGGCACUGGCCAAUCCCGGAGGCCUUUUGGCCCGACCAGAAUUCUCCCACGCUGCCCCCCCGCUCGGCCCACCCCCAGGUGUGUUUCUCCUGUGUGGACGCGGAGCCCAUGGUCAUAGACAAGCUUCCCUUUGACAAGUACGAGCUGGAGCCCUCGCCUCUCACCCAGUACAUCCUGGAGAGGAAGUCUCCUCACACCUGCUGGCAGGUGUUUGUGUGUAACAGUGCGAAGUACAGUGACCUGGGCCAGCCCUUCGGCUAUCUGAAAGCCAGCACCGCCCUCACCUGUGUCAACCUGUUUGUCAUGCCUUACAACUACCCAGUCCUGCUGCCCCUCCUGGACGACUUGCUCAGAGUGCACAAGUUCAAGCCCACUGUAAAAUGGCGGCAGUCCUUUGAGAACUACCUGAAGACGAUGCCCCCGUACUACAUUGGGCCCCUGCGGAAGGCGCUGAGGUCGAUGGGAGCCCCCAACCUGCUGGCCGAUAACAUGGAGUACGGCAUGAGCUACACCGUGGUGUCCUACCUGAAGAAGCUCAGCCAGCAGACUAAGCUGGAGGCGGAGCGGGUUCUGGCGUCGGUGGGGAAGGCGCUGGUCCCGGAGGCGGGGAUUAAGGUCCGCUCCCGCUCCGGUGGCGUCUCCCUCGCCCAGCGCAAGGACUUCACGCAGCUGCUGCAAAGCAUCAUGGGAGAUGGACCCGUCAUCUGCCCGCUAGAGCUCAACCCCAAGGAGUUCGCUGGAUUUCACCUUGCCUCGCUCAACAAGGGCCUGAAGCCGCAGAGUUUCCGGAACGCCUACGACAUUCCCAGAAGGCACCUGAUGGAGCAGCUGAGCCGCAUGAGGAGGAACCUGCUGAGAGCAGCGGGGAGCUUCCUGCGAGCCCAGGACGAAGACCAGCUGCACAGCGUCCCCAUCGCUCAGAUGGGAAACUACCAGGACUUCCUGAAACACAGCCCGCAGCCGCUGAGAGAGGCCGAAGCCGACCAGCCCAAACGCCUGCACACUUUCGGAAACCCCUUCAAACUGGACAAGAAGGGCAUGAUGAUCGACGAGGCGGACGAGUUUGUGUCCGGCCCCCAGAACAAGAGCAAGCGUCCGGCGGACCCCAGCCUGCACGGCGGCGCCCCCAAGAGGCGGCGCUGCAUGUCCCCCCUGCUGCGCCCCGGGCGCUCUUACACGCCCCCGGUCCUGAACAGCCACGCCCCCAACGGCCCCAACGGGCCCCUGCUCCCGGCCACGCCCCCUUACCCCGCUCCGGCCAACGGCUCCAGCCCAACGACCGCCCUCGCAGCUUCUGAAGGCAACCAUAAUGAGCUGGAUGGCGUUUUUGGGAACCACAUGGGGAACCACUACAACCCUGAGAGGGCCUCCGAGCCUGGAGCUUACCUGGGGGACGAGGGCUCGCCGUGCAGGGCCCCAGGAGAGCACAUGAGCCGCUUGAACCAGGAGGAGGAGGAGGAGGAGGAGGAGGAGGGGAGUUGGGGCCGGCUGCACGGCAGAGUGGGUCUGCCUGGGGACAGCGAGGACAGGAAGUUUGGGCCUGAGGACGCCCUCCUCCGGCCCUCUGCUGGUCAACUGAAGAAACUGCGGGACAUGGAGAGCCAGCAGCGCAACACUGAGCUCAGGGUGCUCAUCACCAAGGAGAUCAGGAAGCCCGGCCGACGCUUUGAAAGCAUCUUCCAUUUCCUGAACCAAGUCCAGGGAAGCCUGGAUACGCGGCUCAUAUUCCUGCAGAACAUCAUCAGGGAGGCUGCCAGGUUUAAGAGGCGGGUCCUGAUCGAGCAACUGGAGAACUUCCUGGAGGAGCUCCACAUGCGGACCAAUCACUUUAACCAGUUGGACUGACCCAGUCCCCUGUCCUGGUCUGCAGGCCAUUCAUGAAGCAUCUGGACUGACGCACUGUGUGUGUGUGUGCGCAUUUGUUUAUGCGGCACUUGUUUAUGUGUCUGGAGCAGUCUGGGGGGGAGGGGUGCACAGUGGGCCUCGCCCUGUGAUUGGCUCUGUGUUCAGGGGCGUACCACCUGGAUAAAGAUGUGAAUGACAGGAUGAGAAUCCUCACUGCUGUAAUCUCUCUCUUUUGGGGGGUUGCACUGAGAGGGAGGACAAACAGCAGACAGGAAGCCAUCCUUCACUCAGAGUGUGGGAGGAGCUAGCUGUUUACUAUCCAUGCGAAACUCCUACUUCAGUUUGAUUUAUUUUAAGUGUUCAUUUGUUCAGUUCAUACUUGACCGAACAGAAAUCCUUCUGUAACUGAUUUAAGAUGGAGGUGCUUUAGGCAUUUACUGUUUUUCUUUUGUUUUGUUUUGUUUAGUCUAGUUUUUUUUAUGUCUAAAGUGAAUCUUAAUUUGUUCCUGUGAAUUUCUCAGGAAACUGGCAUUUCAUGUGAGUUGUUUGGGCAAAAAAGCAUGAGAGUCAAUGACCUUAACACUCCUCUCACCUCCCCUGCGGAAAACUACCAUUUGAACAGUACAAUGUUAAAACUGUAUGUAGGUCUGUGUGCAAAAAAAUAAGGGGGGGGGGGCUGAGUGACAUCCAGGCUGUGCCACAUUAAGCUGGCAGUACAAUAACAGGCGGUUUACAUGCUUUUGAUUCCAUGGCUGGUCUGCCUUGGUUUCUUACAUUGUCUUUGCCAAAUAUUUGAGAACUCCCUUCUCCCUCUAACCUGCCCCCCCCCCCCCCCCCUUCUCAUGAGGACCAAAUAUUUUGCCAUACUUGUCCUUAUUUAGGAACUUUCAGAAAUGUACUACAAAAAGAAAGUAUUUUGAAUAUGAUGUGUAUAUGAUGUAAAUAGUCAAAUUUGAGAACUAUUUAUGAGUAAAUAAAAUUCCUUUUUGUAAAAGUUUCAUUGAACAAAGUUUCUAUUUUACACUGUGAAUGGCUGAUGGAAAUAAAAGAUGAGUAGCCUCUCAUUUUCUGUUUAA